AUGCACCCCGAAGACAAAUUUAUGAACCCGCGGAAGCCGCCGCCCCAGCCCCAGCCUAUACGUCUCCAGACAUCUGCACCGGUCCGCCGCGAGCCGAGCCCUGGACACUCUUCGAGUAGAUCCCCGAUGACUGGAAUUCAUCGCAGUGCAUCUCAGACGCACAGUGCCACCCGUAAGGGCCACAAGAAAGAUUCACGUUCUAUGUCUCCCCCGAGAGCCCGAGCCCUUCUGGCUGCUUUAAGGCAGCCUGCUGAGGCGGAUAGAAAGUUCGAGCCAGUGCAACUAGUGAAUGCCUCCAAUAUGGUACCACAGAACGAGCCUGUUGAGAAUUCCCGCAAUAUCCCUGGAAUCAAGGUCAACGCCGGAAUCGCGAUUCCAUCCUCGAGCUCUCCUGACAAACUUGGUCUGUCCACCAUUCAAAGUCGCCGCGCGAUGAAGGCAAUCGCUGGGGAAGUGGCGCCGGAUCGCCUUCUCACAGUACAGACGCGCCCGCAGUUCCGUAAACCAAUUCCUUCUCGCAGUGCAGCAAACGGAAACACCGCGGUAUUUGACGAUAAUCGUGGAAUCAGGGAAGCAUUGCAAGAUAUCGGUAGCUCUGGUGAUUUGUCGACGCCAACUGCUGCUUUUACCAAAGAAAAGAGGCUCCCUACACUCCCAAAUACGCCAUCUUCAGUCAUGGAUGAAGCAGUUCGCGCCAUCGACGAAAGAGACAAGGCGAUGGACAGCGAGAUCCCACGCAGUUAUUUCUCCAGCAUGACAACAACAACAGUCGACUCCACGGACUCCCACUAUGUGCCUGAAUAUAGUCGGUUUUCUGAAUGGAGCACCGAUACCGAAACCGACUAUAACUCGCACGAAUCGACAGUAUCGGCUUCCGCAUCCAACCACCACCAGGACGAAUCCUCGGCCGAAAGAUGGACAACACCAGACCUUUCGCAGUCUGGGGAUGGUGCAACCAAUACCGACCCAAACACCCCCCAUCUCACUGUCUACUCCAAGCACUCGUCUCCGAACUCAGCAUCCGGAGAACUUCCUCCCUGGAGCGUCGGUCUCCCUCAACUCACACUCUCCUUGUCCUCACCUGGUUUUGACUGUUCCGGGCUGGGCAUCGAGAAUAUUGAUGAAGUGGAAAGCAACCCCAAGCGCCACGCUGCCCUAUUUAGCGCCCUUGAAUCCAUGGAGGCCCUUGCGAUGUCGCGCAGUCCCAAUGGCUCCCCAAUCCUGCUUCCCCAAGUCUCCAGAGGCUCUGACACGGAGCAAGAUCUCUCUCCCACAGAGCGGAAAGUGAGCGAGACUUCCCUCGAGCGCAUCCGCUCCCGUCGCAGCAAUACGUCGUUCCAGGGGAAUGCUACCAUGCAGGAGUUGAUGGAUGAGCUCAGUUAUCUGAAGAAUUUGAUCCAGGCUGACAUGGAUGGGGCUCCAUUUUGA